AUGAUAUAGUAGGAACUAAAUCAUAAAAUAUUAAUUUUAUUUCUGUUACAUAUACUUCAUUAUGAGUUUAAUUAAGAGGAGGAAUGCCAUGUAAUUAUUUAAUUACUGCUAGAAAAGAUUAUGGUAAUUUAUAUGCUAAUACUUUUGAUAAUUUACUUAAAUAAAUCAUCCAUUACAACAUUGUUACUUUUGGAAUAUGGUUCUAGUUAAAAAAAAGAUUCUAAAGCUGGUGGAACUGUUAUUCAUAUCACAGGAUGUAAUUUCAUUAAAGGAAAAAUUUUUGUAUUUGUUGGUAUUGCAGUAAAUUGGUUUUAUGAAAGUAUAUUCACAAUUGAAGUCAUUUAUUGUACAGCACCAACAAAAUAUUGA